GAAGCAUAUCAAUGCACUGCCCGAUGGGUGGACCUGGGAGCGCUUCAAGGUGGUCGAAGCUGGCUUCGGGCAGGUCGCCCUCCACAGCAGCAUCCACAACCGCUUCGUGCGAAUGUGGCACGGGGACAUGGAUCGAAGUUCGAACAAGGAUGCCGGUGCCUUGCCGGCUAGCUGGUGGGCAGAGCGCUUCACAGUCGUUGACUGCGGCGGUGGCAAGGUCGCGUUCCAUAACGCGCGCUUCAACCGCUUCGUUCGAAUGAACCACGGCGACAUGGAUCGUAGCGCGACGAAGGCUGGGGAUGCGCUGCCCAGCGGAUGGACUUGGGAAUGCUUCACACCCAUUGAGGCGUUCACGUGCAAGACUGGAUCUGGCAGCUACCGGGCACAAAGUAUG